AUGGGUACUGACUUAAGUUACGCGAUUUCGAAGAUGCAAAUGCUAUCUACUUCAGAUUAUGCCUCCGUUGUGUCCAUGAACAUUUUUGUGGCUCUGCUUUGUACUUGCAUUGUCAUUGGCCAUCUUCUCGAGGAGAAUCGUUGGGUGAAUGAAUCUAUCACUGCCCUUCUGAUAGGUAUUAGCACUGGGGUAGUCAUUUUGUUGGAAAGUCGCGGUAAAAGCUCGCAUCUUCUAGUUUUCAGUGAAGAUCUUUUCUUUAUAUACCUUCUGCCACCUAUCAUAUUUAACGCCGGGUUUCAGGUGAAAAAGAAACAGUUUUUUGUUAACUUCAUGACCAUCAUCCUGUUUGGAGCUGUUGGUACAUUAAUAAACUGUAGCAUCAUAACUUUCGGUGUCAUACAAAUUUUUAAGAGAAUGGGUUUUGGUAAUUCACUGGAGAUAGGAGACUAUCUAGCAAUUGGGGCAAUAUUUGCUGCAACAGAUUCUGUGUGCACAUUGCAGGUGCUAAACCAGGAUGAGACACCUUUACUGUACAGUCUUGUAUUUGGCGAGGGUGUUGUGAAUGAUGCUACAUCUGUUGUGCUUUUCAAUGCAAUCAAAAGUUUUGACCUCGACAAAAUAGACCACAGAAUUGGUUUACAUUUUUUUGGCAAUUUCUUCUACCUGUUUACCGCAAGCACCGUGCUUGGGGUCUUGGCCGGUCUACUUAGCGCUUACAUUAUUAAAACGCUAUAUAUUGGCAGGCACUCUACAGAUCGCGAGGUUGCUCUUAUGAUGUUAAUGGCAUACCUUUCCUACAUUCUGGCAGAAUUAUGGUAUCUGAGUGGCAUUCUCACUGUAUUUUUCUGUGGGAUUGUCAUGUCACAUUAUACUUGGCAUAAUGUGACUGAGAGCUCGAGAAUCACUACCAAACAUGCUUUUGCAACUCUUUCAUUUGUCCUUGAAACCUUUAUCUUCCUUUAUGUUGGUAUGGAUGCGUUGGACAUUGAAAAGUGGAGGUUUGUGAGCGAUAGGCCAAAAACAUCUGUUGCUGUUAGUUCAGUAUUAUUGGGUCUAGUACUUGCUGGAAGAGCAGCAUUUGUUUUCCCCCUGUCCUUCUUAGCGAACCUCACCAAAAAGUCUCAAAGUGAAAAAAUAAGUUUCAGGGAGCAGGUGAUCAUUUGGUGGGCUGGUCUUAUGAGAGGUGCUGUUUCAAUGGCACUUGCCUAUAAUCAGUUCACCUUGUCGGGUCACACUGAACUGCGAACUAAUGCCAUCAUGAUCACCAGCACCAUCACUGUUGUGCUUGUCAGCACAAUGGUGUUUGGUUUGAUGACUAAGCCACUCAUAAGGUUUUUGUUGCCUGUUAAUCCCCCUCCUAAACGCAAAAAUAGCAUGGCAAAUAUGGAAUCAUCCAGUAAUUCCCCCAAAUCAAUCACUGUGCCCUUUCUUGGAGGCUCUCAUGAUUCUGAAAGCGAACUUUAUGGCACUGAAGAUCAUCGUCCAAGCAUUAUUCGUGCCUUACUAAGUACUCCAACACAUAAUGUCCAUCGCUUAUGGCGUACGUUUGAUAAUUCAGUUAUGCGUCCAGUUUUUGGUGGUAGGGGAUUUGUUCCAGUGGCUCCUACCUCGCCAACUGAGGGCAACGGUAGCAUUCAACAGUGGCAUUAA